CCUGCACUCUCGCCAUAUUUUCAAUCGUGUGAAUCUCGCAGCCCGGCUCACGACUCAAAAAGCACUUACAGAAGACAGCAGAAAGUGUGAAACUGUAAAGUUACAAAGUUGACAUCUUUGUUAGCUUCCUAGCUGUGUCUGUGGAUCCUCUGUGCAACCAUGAACAUCUUCAGGCUGACAGGAGACCUCUCUCAUCUGGCUGCUAUCAUCAUCCUGCUGCUCAAAAUAUGGAAGAGCAGGUCAUGUGCAGGUAUCUCUGGAAAGAGCCAAAUCCUGUUUGCCAUAGUAUUCACCACACGUUACUUGGAUCUGCUGAGCUCCUUCAUCUCCCUCUAUAACACAUGCAUGAAGGUGAUCUACAUUGGUUGUGCAUAUGCCACAAUCUACCUGAUCUAUGGGAAAUUCAGGGCCACCUAUGACGGCAACCAUGACAGCUUCAGGGUGGAGUUCCUGGUGGUUCCUGUGGGGGGUCUUGCUGUUCUCAUCAACCAUGAAUUUUCUUUCUUAGAGAUCCUGUGGACGUUCUCCAUCUACCUGGAGUCGGUUGCUAUCCUCCCUCAGCUUUUCAUGAUCAGCAAGACCGGCGAGGCAGAGACCAUCACCACUCACUACCUGUUCUGUCUGGGCCUGUACCGGGCCCUCUAUCUCUUCAACUGGAUCUGGCGUUUCUACUUCGAGGGCUUUUUUGACAUGAUCGCCAUCGUGGCCGGCGUGGUUCAGACAGUCCUCUACUGUGACUUCUUCUACCUUUACGUCACCAAAGUGCUGAAAGGCAAGAAGCUGAGCCUGCCAGCGUAAAACGUACAGGAGACGAGGACUCCCAGCAGACUCAGGGGGUGUGGAGAUGACUUCAUGGAAUCUCGUGACCCACAGCAAAAGACGCCUGAGACAGAGAGACAACUAUUGGGGAAAAACACUAGUCUUCUUCUUGAUGAUUGAACUGGUAAAUGCCAACCAACACCAGAGCUGAACAGAGAUCGUCCCAGGUCAACCUUUGGAUUUCUGUGUUCAGCAUCUUGCCUUAAACUUCUUUUCAUCGCUGUUCAAAUAGGAGAAAAGGCUUUUUUUUCUACAUGUGAGGUGUACACGCUUAUUUUUUAUUUUUUAUAAUGUCACAAAUAGGGUCGACUUUGAGAAGUACCUUGUUUGGCCUGGUAAUGAAAUGCACAAAUGUACAGUCUUAUUAAAGAGAGAUAAAGAGUAACGUAUCUGAGUGCCUGAUGAGGAUUAUGUCUGGUUUCUCACAGUAUUUUUUUCCUUUUUUUAACUUUUUGACUUUUGUUCAGUCUAGAUAACUGUAUGCAUAAACUUCAACCCAUGUACCUGAGCUUCAAGGAAUUAAAAGAGGCCAACAGCAUGAGCUUUCCACCAACACAGCACCCAUUUUUUUUAAAACCUUGCUUAUUCAGAUUUAUCUUCUGAACACGUCUUUGUAAGCAGAACUCAUGCAGGAUUUUUAGAUUAAUUCAGAGGCUGUUUAAACCUUGCAUUAACAUGCUUUGGGCAUUCAUGAUCAGGAUUUGGUUUGGUGGUGUAGACACUACAGACACUGUCAUGCAUAAGAGGUCACAACAUCAGCUACGGCAUCUGCAGUAGUCUGUCAGUAUGCAUGAUGUGUGGUUUGUUUACAUGCAUCCUUUCCUCGCCUUGCUUUUACUGAAGGGAAUUCUGGCUCCUUUUAGGGGGAUCUAGAUCCAGGGCAUUCAUUGCGAUUUCAAGCUGACUCUAAAGCAGAUGUGUUGGAAUGACGGCUCAUUCUGUAUGACUGAAUCGUUUGUGAAAGCCUCUCACAUGGAGGUUGAAGUUAGAGCUAUAGUCUUGUCUCCACAGCUCAAAUAACUAGUGUCAGGAAUAAAAAUGCUCUAGCACAAAGCAUCGCCAGGACACAACUAGAAGCUAAUAAUAACAAAUAUUAAUUCAGCUAGUGAAGGGAAUUCCAGCUCUUUUUAGCGAUCUGGAUAUUUUUUGCUUCAGCUGUAAGAGCGGAUUCUUUCAGCUCCCAGAAGCCUCUUAACCAGGCUUUUGUAAAGUCAGACAAAUUUAGCAAUGUUUUGACCCGUGACUGAUACAUGUGCAUUUGUUUCAAUGAAAAGAGUCAUAUAUUUAAGCAAAACCACAGAUUUCCCUGAAAAAUGAAUAUGCAUGGUGCUAGGUGCAUGGUGCUCCAGGCCUCCAAACUGAGGCCUGAAGGCCAAAUGCAGCCGCUGUAUAUUUUUGAUUGGCUGUUAUCUAAAUAUAAAUGAAAUAUGGCCCACAUUAGAACAUAAAGCUUGUGCUUGAUUGCAUUGUUGUUUUUAUUUUCAGCACAAUUCUAUGCUAAUGCCAAUUCUGUAAACAAACAUUUUGAUGAGGCAUUUAUUGAUACCUAUUUUUAGUUGUAAAUGGUAAACAGUGGCAUUCAAAAUAAUAAUGGUUGCUUGAUUUAUCAUGCCCUGAUGGCGUAUGGCAGGAAGUGGCAGUACCAAUGGUAUUUUUGCAGCGGAGCCAGUGGCAGCUAGAGCUGACCAGGGCCCCUCAUAUCUGACCAGCCUCCCCAAAAUUCUUAAAAUGAUCGGCUGUUUGCCUUGUCAGCCAUUAAGUAGCCAUCUAAGCAUACCCAAUUACUACACUUAACCUACAUCAAAUUGGUUUUACUACCUGAUGUCCUCAAAGUGAAGAAUUUCAAAGUGGCCCCACCACUCUCAUAUUUUUCUGUAUGUGGCCCUCAGUUGGAAAAGUUUGGACACCCCUGGUGUAAAACAUUAAUGCUAAACAGUGUGGAGUAAAGAACAUGCCUUCAUAAGCUGUGUUUAAUAACAAUAAAUUUGGAAAAAGGGGGAAACUGCUUCCAUCUUUCACAUAAAAGAGCCGGCACUUUACCAGCCCAUUAACGAACUGUCAGCUGGAGGUACGCACAUAUUUCCUGCUCUUUUUUCCCAGCAAUAUCUUUUUUAAUAUGAGGGAAAUGCACAUUAAACAGGCAUUUCUGCUUUUGUCACUGCAAUUUAAGACUGUCUGCAGUUAACAAACAAAACAUGCCUCAAAGUUGGACAAUCUGCUCUUGGCUCUCCUCCCACUGUGCCACUGUGUCCAAAAAUAUCAAACAUGCCACAAAUCCAUCCAGCAGAUCGGGAGCAGCUGAUUGGGCCUUAUUAAGCUAUUGAGCCCUCUUGUAUACUAGUGUUGGCUGAAAGCCAUUCAGUCAUCCAAGUGAGUCGUGUGAAAAUUUGUCUGAAUUAGCUUGAAAUUCACUGUUUAGACAGCUUUGUAAGAUCUGAACUUUCAGCUGCUUAACAACUUUUAAUUCGGCACAUUUUGGCUUUUUAAUCUCAGCUCAUUGGCUGAUUUAUUAUGGACAUCACUACUUGUUUGUCAGUUGUUCUUGAAUUGAGCUCUCAUUUCAAUCUAACCAAGCUAUGUUUUUGAAAUAGAACAUUGUUUGCUUUGAAUGAAUGUUUAUUAAAAACUGAGGGAGAAAAGCUGUUAAAGAGGCACUCUAGCCUCUUAGCUUGUGGCUAAUUCACCCCCAUUCAUUAGUAAUGCCAGCAGUUUCAUGGAGGGAUGCUUAGCUACGGGCUAUGAGGCUUUUUGGUGUCUCCUGUACGAGCGUACUUUGAAAUGCAGCUAUCAUGGUGUGGAAUGCCUAAAACAGACGUUACUGCAAGGUAUAAACAAUCCCUUAGAAAUAACUUGUUGAAUAAAUUAUUUUAAUGCCACCAACAUUUGUAAAAGAUGUCAGUAUUUGUCAACAGUGGCGAUAUUGCUCAAACUGACACAUUUCAUGUGUAUUUUUACCUUUUUUUUGUUCAGCUUAUUGUACAAAAACACAAUCUUAAGGCAGUAAAUGUCCUAAAGCUUUAACAUAGACUUCAUAAAUUCAUCAAACAACGCUACGUCACAUUUCAAUUGUAGAUAAAGCACAAACUUUUCUUGGGACAUAUGCACCCUCCACCAGUGAUUUGUGACUUUUCUUCAAGGUGAAAUCAGUGAAGUUUGAGUAAAGCAAUAAUGAAUUACUGAAAAAUGAUUACAGCUUUAACAUCAGGAUGUAAAAUGUGAGGAAGAGGGGCAGAGCUAUGACUGGUGAUGACAUUUCAAUGGUUUCCUGUAUGUCUAGAGUUUGAACAGAGAGACGGUGUGAUGAGGUUCAGUGGUGCAUUUCUGUUGAGUUUAAAGGCCUAUCGUUAACUUCAUUUUUUUAUUUCAAAUUAGCCAUUCCUAAAGGAUUAUUUCAAAUUUUUAUUUCUUUUUUUUUGCAUGAUAUCACCUCCAUUAAAGAUUUUAUGAGAAUCA